CCGAGCCCCGCGGAGCCCGCCGCCGCCAAUGCCCACCCUGAGCCCCGUGAGCCCCAGCUCGCUGGCUGCCCUCCAGGGAACCCCGCAGAACAACUGCGCCACCAUCACGCAGCUGCGCAGGGACGGCAACCCGAGCAUGAGCGCCUUCAUGUUCGCGGCCGGCGUGGUGGGCAACCUGCUGGCGCUGGCCAUCCUGGGCAUCCACCGCAAGGAGCUGCGGACCAAGUCCUCGUCCUUCUGCAUCCUGGUGACCGGCCUGGCCAUCACCGACCUGCUGGGCACCUGCGUGGUCAGCCCCGUGGUCUUCGUGGCCUACUCGCGCAACGCCACCCUGGUGGGCAUGGCGGGCGGGCGGCACUGGCUGUGCGACCUCUUCGCCUUCUCCAUGAUGUACUUCAGCCUGGCGGCCCUGCUGAUCCUGGGCGCCAUGGCCGUGGAGCGCUGCCUGGCCCUCAGCUGCCCCUACUUCUACUCACAGCACAGCGUCCGCCGCUGGGUCAAGCUCUCGCUGCCCACCAUCUUCACCGCCAGCGCCCUCUUCUGCCUGCUGCCCUUCCUGGGCGUGGGCAGGUUCAAGCAGUACUGCCCGGGCACGUGGUGCUUCGUGGAGAUGGACAUCGGCCCCGCGGAGCAGCGCUCGGGCGCCGCCGCCUUCUCGCUGGCCUACGCCACGCUCAUGGCCCUGCUCAUCCUGGCCAUCUUCCUCUGCAACGGGCUGGUCAUCGUCAGCCUGUGCCAGAUGUACCACAAGCAGAAGGCUCGCCGGCGCGGCUCCGCCAACAUGGCCCAGCUGCGCCGGCGCAAGAGCUGGUUCGGCCGCGGCAAGGAGGAGGUGGACCACCUGAUCCUGCUGGCCCUCAUGACCGCCAUCUUCGUCAUCUGCUCGUUGCCCCUCAGCAUUCGGGCCUACAUCGGGGGCCUCCGGCCGGACCACCGGGAGGACCAGGACAUGCUCGCCUUCCGCCUCAGCGCCUUCAACCCCAUUGUGGACCCCUGGCUCUUCAUCAUCUUCCGCAACACCGUCUUCCGUGGCCUGCGGAACUUUUUCUGCUAUUGCCGCUGGUGGCCCUGGUGGCCCAGGACCCAAAAGACGCCCACCACGUUCGGGAAGCAAGACGGCGUCACUCCGCAAGACCACUCCGUCUGCUGACAGCAGGUGCUGCCUGACGCUCCAAGCCAUGACCGUCCCGCUCUGGCCGGGCCGGGUUUUGGCAGGGGGUUCCCUGUCGUGGCAUGGGGAGACCCUCAGGAAGAGGAGGAACAGAAAGGAGGGGGCCUCAACUUUUCAGUAAGGAUCAAUGGGAAGAAAGGUGUCGCUUGAUGCAAUGUUGAUGUAAGCUAGUGUGUGUUUCUUGAGGACUAGCGGCUUGGGAGGGCUGUUCCUCUGCUUCGACAGUAUCGGCUCCAGCAGGUUUUUUCCCCCAUAGAAGGCUUGGCCUGGGGUCUCGCCCUCAGCUCCCCUAAAGGGAAAAUCCUCCUGAUAAAGGGAUGGGAGACCAAACUUAAGCCGGAUCCUUGGUCAGCUGCCAAGCUGGGGGAGAGGAAGAGGAUGUAGAAAGGAACAGGGUGUGAGAGAGACAGAGGGUUGGCCUGCAUGUUAAGCAGGCCUUUAUCCCCUGCACUCUCUCAUUUGUGAAACUGCCGGAAAGGCUGGGCCUUGGCCAGCUCACGCUUUUGGCAUCAGUGAUGAUGGCACACAGGGUCCCAUUGAUCAAGAAAAGGUACUGUGAAUCUUUGAAGUGGCAGAAAUAAAGGUUGAAUUUAUAUCAGACA